UGACAAAUAGUGGAGGCGUAACUGGAGGGAUGGUGGCGGUGGCUGCGGGACAGACCCGCCAACCGCCGAUCAGCAAGAAGCAACAGAACAUGACACAGAAGCCCCGCACCUCACCUCACCUCACCUCACCUCGCCAAACACCGCCCCGCGUCACGAACCGCCAGCCGCGCGUCACGGCCGAGCCUUGCCUUCGUGCGAUCGCGCAACCGCGUAGCCCGGGCGGGCUCCACGCCGGCGGUAUGCACCGGCAUUCGCGCCGCCAGACGCCGCAUUUCCCGGCCAUGACGUAGGGAGCGUGGCCGACCAUGUCAUCCACACGGUCCUAGCUUAGCUCGCCGUAGUCCCCGUAGUCUGUGACUUGACAUGC